GGUUUUUAGACGCAUUAGGAGCAUUUACCUGUUUUUGAGACCUCUGCUUCAACAGAGGACGAAGUAGAAAAAGAAGAUAACGGUGUUGAUUGUUGGCGGGAAAGGUGUGGGUCAGAUGGUGGGAUUUGGCGGUAAAGGAGGUGUGGGUCAGAUUCUGGCCGCCGUCGCGGCAGCUCUCUUGCUCCGUCUGUUCUCCGGCCCUGGUCCGGCAUUGUUGCCGGAAAAUGAGGAGGAGGACGAUGAAGACGGUGCCGGUGGAGAAUUCGACGGCGGCGAAGAUACGGAAUCCGGUAAAGUUCCUCCAGUUACCAUCCGGUGGAGCAACAUCACGUGCUCCCUCUCUGAUAAGUCCUCCAAAUCAGUGAGAUUCUUGCUUAAAGAUGUGAGUGGAGAGGUGAAACCGGGAAGACUGCUUGCGAUAAUGGGCCCAUCAGGGUCAGGGAAGACAACCCUUCUCAAUGUUCUGGCAGGUCAAACAAUGGCGUCCCCUCGGUUACAUUUGUCUGGCCUUUUGGAGGUCAAUGGACGAAAAAUGUCAAACAAAAGCUACAAAUUUGCUUAUGUGAGACAAGAUGAUCUUUUUUUCUCACAGUUGACAGUUCGAGAAACACUGUCUCUAGCCGCUGAACUCCAGUUACCAGACAUUCCUUCCGUGGAAGAGAGAGAUGAAUAUGUGAACAAUCUCUUGUUCAAAUUAGGCUUGGUCAGUUGUGCUGAUUCCUUGGUUGGGGAUGCAAAAGUCCGCGGAAUCAGUGGUGGUGAAAAGAAGCGUCUAUCGAUGGCAUGUGAGCUUAUUGCUAGCCCAUCCGCCAUAUUUGCUGAUGAGCCUACUACUGGACUUGAUGCCUUCCAGGCAGAGAAGGUAAUGGAAACACUCCGACAACUUGCACAGGAUGGACAUACUGUAAUUUGCUCCAUACACCAGCCUAGAGGUUCAGUGUAUAGUAAAUUCGACGACAUUGUGUUGCUAACGGAAGGCGCACUUGUUUAUGCUGGUCCUGCACAUGAUGAGCCACUGACCUACUUCUCAAAUUUUGGGUAUCGUUGCCCAGAUCAUGUGAAUCCUGCUGAAUUUUUGGCUGACCUAAUAUCCAUAGACUAUAAUUCUGCCGAAAGUGUCUACUCUUCCCAGAAAAGGAUAGAUGGUCUUGUUGAGUCGUUCUCACAACAAACAUCAUCAAUUCUAUAUGCAACUUCUCUUACUAGAAGGGAGUCCUUUAAGAAGAGCAUGAACUUGAAACAGAAAACUACUUUCAAAUGGAAAGGAGGAUGGUGGAGGCAGUUCUGGUUACUUCUUAAACGUGCGUGGAUGCAGGCUUCUCGCGAUGGGCCAACAAACAAAGUUCGGGGAAGAAUGUCAAUUGCAUCAGCAAUAAUAUUUGGUUCAGUUUUUUGGAGAAUGGGAAGAUCUCAGACUGCAAUACAGGACAGAAUGGGAUUGCUCCAGGUUGCUGCUAUAAACACAGCAAUGGCUGCACUCACAAAGACAGUGGGUGUGUUUCCCAAGGAACGUGCAAUUGUAGAUAGAGAGCGUGCUAAAGGGUCUUAUACAUUAGGACCGUAUCUGCUGUCCAAGCUGAUAGCUGAGAUCCCUGUUGGAGCAGCAUUUCCAUUAUUAUUUGGCACUGUUUUGUACCCCAUGGCUCGUCUCCAUCCUACUUUGUCCAGAUUUGGAAAGUUCUGUGGAAUUGUGACAGUGGAGUCCUUUGCUGCAUCUGCAAUGGGCCUAACUGUUGGGGCGAUGGUUCCAACCACCGAAGCAGCAAUGGCCUUAGGGCCGUCUCUUAUGACAGUUUUCAUUGUAUUUGGAGGCUAUUAUGUUAAUGCAGAUAAUACACCUAUAAUCUUUCGAUGGAUUCCUCGUGCUUCACUUAUAAGAUGGGCAUUUCAAGGGCUUUGCAUCAAUGAAUUUACUGGUCUUCAUUUUGAUCAUCAGCAUUCAUUUGAUAUACAAUCUGGAGAACAGGCACUUGACCGCCUUUCCUUUGGAGGCAGUCGCAUUAGAGAUACAGUUAUGGCUCAAAGUAGAAUACUGUUGUUUUUGUACUGCACCACUUAUCUUCUCCUCGAGAAAAACAAGCCCCAAUACCAGCGCCUUGAGCAGCCGCCUCUUAACCAAAUCCAAACAGAGCCAAAGCUUGAGCCUUCUAAGAGUGACCAGGAGGAGGAACCAUACGAGCAACUUGAACCUCCUCUGCAUGACCAAGGUAAACCAACCGAGAAGCUUGAAUCUCCUCCCAUUGACCAAAUGAACCUCUAUAACCUAGAAGGUGCUAUGUAAAGAAGAUGCCUAUGCAAUAAAGGAAAGCCCCAUGCCUUUUCUGAGCUAAUGAGCUGUUCUAGUGAAACAUGAUUGCAGUUAACACUGUUGAUUUAUUGUAUCAUUACAACUCGACUCAGCUAAAAGAUUCUUAUUUGGAGCUGCUUGUGAUGGAUGGCUUGCCAGGACAGCACCAAGUUUCAGUAAAUGUGAUUUAGUUUACAGUUUCAGGAUAAUCUUGUUUGUUUGUUUUUUAUUUUUAGUUUGUUUGUCGGUUUUUUAAUUUUAAUUUUUUCGUUGUGUUGUUUUGAAUGGUUUGUUUCUCUAGUAAUGUACUAUAAUUGGUGUUUAGUUUAUUGA